AGUCCUUUCUACAGGUGUCUCGACUCUUGACAGUCCGCCUCACUUCCUUGUUGACUUUGGAGGAGAGAAGCAAACAAACGACGUGUCGUGUCCACGCUGUCCUCACCGGCAUCCUUACGACCUUUAAAGGCGUCGUGACAAGUUCCACGAGUGAAGUAAAGGAAGUGGGGGGAGUUCCGUGGUGGUAUAGCGGAGUGUUCGAGGCGAGGAGUCCGCUGAGACGGCACUGAGCUCCGGCGUGCUGGCGGCAUGGCAGCCGUGAAGGCUCUCCAGCAGUGGUGCCGCAUCCAGUGUGAAGGCUACCGGGAUGUGAACAUCAAAAACAUGACCUCGUCGUUCCGGGACGGGUUGGCUUUCUGUGCGCUCAUCCACAAACAACGACCCGAACUCAUUGAUUUUGAUUCCUUGAGGAAAGAAAAUGUCUAUGAGAACAACCACCUGGCGUUUAAGGUUGCAGAGGAGCAGCUUGGAAUUCCUGCACUCUUGGAUGCAGAAGAUAUGGUGGCUCUCAAAGUCCCGGACCGCCUCAGCAUCCUCACAUAUGUCUCCCAGUACUAUAACUACUUUCAUGGACGCUCUCCAAUUGGAGGUGUAGGCGCUGGAAAGCGACCUGCCGAGGUACCCGAUGACGGGCCGCCCGGGAAGAAAAACCAGGCAGUGGUGUCUAAAGUGUUCCAGCCGUCUAAGGAGAAUAACCCUCCACCUUUUUUUGCCAUCACACAGCCUCUUCCUCGCCCGAGAGAAACAAGAAACAAUGCGCGGGAGUUUCCAGCAGAGAAAUCUCAUCAGGUUGGAACCCUGAGUAACAAGUGUGUGUCCUGCAACCAGCACGUUCACCUGGUGCAGCGACAUCUAGUGGACGGGAAGCUCUAUCACAGGAACUGUGCAAAGUUACUGGAUCUUCCAAACACAAGCACACUUCUAAGAAAUGUUCCCUCCAGAGUCACUCCUCCUGCAGACCUCACUAAAGACAACACAGUGACCCCCGCGGCUCCACCCAGACUGGGCCCCGCGGCCCAGAAACCAAGCGCUCCUUUAAGCAUCUCCAUCACGUCUUCAACUCCUUCGUCAAGUAACACCACGCCCGCUAAAGAGAGUAAGGGUCCCGUCUCCAAACCGUCAUCUACCGUCAUUACACCCGCCCCCAUCAGCACCCAGCCCGUGGCGGCACCUCGUACUUCUACCACAGCGGCCAAGACCCUUCAGUCCAAGCUUGCCUUCUUUCAGGCAGAAAGUGCGGAUAAAAAACCUGUAGCCAUGAUUGUAGACCCCCCAAAAGGGGCAAAGUCUACUGAUCCUGUUCAGGAAACAAAAGGAGGCACAAAUACUCUUGGAGCUAAAAGUCAGGCAAAGGUGAAGGAAGACACAGCAAAGAAGGCCGGCGAUGACAAAAGCAGUAAAACAAAGCCUACAGAAACCUCUAAAAACGUCUCAAAGGUGGAAAACAACAAUAGUAAAACAGAGCUUGCAGAAACCUUGAAUAAAGUCUUAAAGGUGGAAAAAAAAAACAAUAGUCAAACAGAGCUUGCACAAACCUCUAAAAAAGUAUCAAACGUGGAAAACAACAAUAGUAAAACAGAGUUUGCAGAAACCUUUAAUAAAGUCUUAAAGGUGGAAAAAAACAACAACAAUAGUAAAACAGAGCUUGCACAAACCUCUAAGAAAGUAUCAUACGUGGAAAACAACAAUAGUAAAACAGAGUUUGCAGAAACCUCUAGGAAAGUCUCAAAAGAGGAAAACUACAGUAGUAAAACAAAGCUUGCACAAACCUCGAAGGAAGUCUCACAGGUGGAAAACAACAAUAGUAAAACAGAGCUUGCACAAACCUCUAAGAAAGUAUCAUACGUGGAAAACAACAAUAGUAAAACAGAGUUUGCAGAAACCUCUAAGAAAGUCUCAAAAGAGGAAAACUACAGUAGUAAAACAAAGCUUGCACAAACCUCGAAGGAAGUCUCACAGGUGGAAAACAACAAUAGUAAAACAGAGCUUGCACAAACCUCUAAGAAAGUCUCAAAGGUGGAAAACAACAACAACAAUGGUAAAACAGAGCUUACAGAAACCUCUAAGAAAGUCUCAAAGGUGGAAAACAACAACAACAAUGGUAAAACAGAGCUUACAGAAACCUCUAAGAAAGUCUCAAAGGUAGAAAACAACAACAACAAUGGUAAAACAGAGCUUGCAGAAACCUCAAAGAAAGUCUCAAAGGAGGAAAACUACAACAACAGUAAUCCGACACCAAAGUCUGACCUCCCCAAGCAAACUGAUGUAACUUCUCAGGUCCAGGAAGUCAAGAAGCCCACAGAAGGGGUCAGAGGGAAGAUGAGGCUCAGGCUCAAAAUCAACCCAUCCAUCCUGUCCGACCUGCAGCCUCCACCGCCAGAGGGGAGCCCCCUCUCAGUCAGCAGCAGCCAGCCAAGAGCCAAAACUCCAGACAGAGGCUCAAAACCUGCUGCACCACCCAGAACUUCAGCAUCAGCAGACAAGGAGACGCCCACAGAUUGGAGAGCCAUGCUUAAACCUGCCUCCAAAGAUACAAAAGCUGCUGACUCAUCCCAGUCCUCUGCGAGACUGCAGACGGACAAAACUGCAAACUCGCCGUCAACCCAAGUGUCUUUAAAACCAUUGGUGGAUCCCCCUAAACCUACCGGCAUCUCUGUCACCGUCCCGUCAUCACAAGGCUUCCGUAACUACGAAAGUAAGCCCACAACAAAACCAUCAGAGUCAAACUUCUUAAAGACAAAGCCAAACUUCAUCCCCAAAGAGGCCAUCCUGCAGGAGCUGCAGGAGAUCGAAGAUAACAUCAACCAGUUGGAGAAGAGAGGGGUGGUGCUGGAGACGAAGCUACGCCACAGUGAAGACGAGGGGGAGGAUGACUCUCUCAUGGACGAGCUGAUGGUGGAGUGGUUCGGCCUGAUCAGAAACAAGCAGUUGGCCAUGCGACGCGAGUCCGAGCUUGUCUACAUAGGGAAGACCCAGGACUUGGAGGAGCAGCAGCCUAGUGUUGAACAGGAGCUCAGGAAGCUGAUUGACAAACCAGAACAUCUGAAGACGGCGUGGGACCGCAAGCGAGAAGAACAGCUGAUGAGCAAACUGAUGGAUAUCGUCAAUGACCGCAAUGCUAUCGUAGAAGGGCUGGAUGAAGACAGGCUCAGAGAGGAAGAGGAAGACCAGGAGCUGAACAAGUUGAUGAUGAAUCUCAAUGCAAAAAAAGACAAGAAGAAGAAGUCGCCCAUGUCCAAACUCUUCACUUGGGGGAGCAAGAAGGAAGCGUGAUGCCACUCAAACAUGUUUGCUGCUCUCCUCUGGUACCUUUCAUCUUAGUCCACUUUAGUUUAGUUCCAUUUUAAUGCUCAUGGGUGAGUGUGAGGGGGAGUACAUACAGUAUGGUGGUCACAAAAACACACACACACACACACACACACACACACACACACACACACACACACACACACACACACACACACACACACACACACACACACACACACACACACACACACACAGUCAGUCAGAUCUGGGGGGUUAAUGAUACUCAGUUAUUGGGUUUAUUGCUCCAGUUGUAAAUGUAAUCUUCUUACAGUCUUAAUCUGUCUACUUAAUGCACACACACGCACAAACACUCACACACGUUUGCACACAAACUCAUCCACACGAUGGCAUGUGGGUUUGAAACACUAAUAUGAGCAAAAGAAACAACAUUUUUUUUAAAUGUUUUAAAGCUGUGUUGUAAAUGUGUUAAAGCUGAAAGUUGUGAUCGAUGGAAUGCCCUGAGAGGACAAUGACCUGGAUGCAUGAGAACAUUCAUAGACAUGUUUGAAAGCUGCUUCUUGCAUUGGGGUGUGAUGCUGGCUCCGUGUCACACACUGCAACUUACCCCCUGUCAUGUCUUUCUUGGGUGUCUUUUUUUUUUUAAGUGAAAAGAUUCAAAAUAACUGGUCCAAAGAUGAGAUGUGGGCAGGGUGUAGUGAUCCACAUUGGAUCUGAAUGGAUUUAAAAUGUACGAAGGCUCCGGAGUAUCUUUUUGUACAAUUUAACAUUGUAUUUAAGUCUCGUUUCCCCUUUUAUUUCCCUGCAAGACAUCUGCAGCUUAAAGAGAUUUUAUCAUUAAAUAGAUUGAAAGUUGAUGUUUGUUUGUUGCUUUAAAAAAAAAAAAAAUGCUGGAUUUGUGAUUGUUGUUCAUAAUAAUUUAUUAAAAUUAUUAGACUAUAUUACACAAAAUAACUUGACAAUUCAUCAUUAAUAUAAGUAAUCUAACUAUUUUGUCAAAAUAAAAUGAGGGGGGGAUUGUUGUCAUUGCCCAGUACACUACUUAAAAAAACUGUGUGUAUAUGUACAUACACGAAUGUGUAUAUAUAUACGUGU